AUGGCUUUUUCUCGUGUCCCAUUUUUUGCCACUGAGGACAUUAUAAUUGAGCGAUACCCAAACGGGCCCGUUCACAGCGACGUGUUUGGAGAGGGUACAGCCACGAGUACCCACGCCUUUGCUCGUCUACUCGUCUACGUCGCUGCACAGUACAAGCCACGACGGUCGCGUGAGAAGGACAUCUUUGGCUUGCCAAAUGAGACGUUUCGCCAGAACUUCCGUGUCACCAAGGAUCAGUUCUGGGAGUUGCUUGAUGUCAUUUCUCCGCACCUCCCCAAACGCCCUGGGACUGACGUGCCCGAUCGCGUCGUCCUUGUCGGCCUGCUGUGGAUGUUUGCUCACGGCUGCUCUCUUCAGGCUGUGCAGUUCUCAAUUGGGAUCAGCAAGUCCAUGUGCAGUACGCACUUCCCCGCGUUCGCCAAGGCGAUCAUCGAUGGACUCGACAACAUCUCGUUUCCAACUGGGGAAGAGCUGAAGGAGGAACAGCGGCGAUGGGCUCAGGAUGACUUCCUCGAGGGCUGUGUCACGGCUGCCGAUGGCGUGCACAUCAGAUACACCCCAACGACGAAUGGCCACGAGGAGCGUUGGCGAAACAGAAAGGGCUUCAAGUCCCAGAACGUCCUUGUUUGCGCCUCGUUCGACAGACAGGUCACCUCAUAG